AUGAGUCUUAUUUGGUUUAUCGGAAAUUUUGGAUCAACUAUCAAUUGUUUUAUCUUUUAUCAACCAAAUCUUCGUAAGAAUCCAUGUGUUAUGUAUUUACUAGCAUCGAGUGCUUCUCAAUUUUUAACAUUCAAUUUUGCUCUUCUCACAAGAAUACUUUACAUGGGUUUCAAUAUUCAAGCAGUUAAUACUUUCCUUUGGUAUUGUAAAAUUCGCUUUUAUUUUUUCUAUAUUUCUGUUGCUAUUCCACGUUAUUAUAUAAUUUUGGCAUCAAUCGAUCGUUAUUUUACUAGUUCUCCUGAUAUUUAUUGGCGUCGAUGGAGUUCAUCAAAGAUUGCUAUGCGAUUAAUCAUUGGUAGUUGUUUAUUUUGGUGUUUAAUUUACAUUCAAGUUCUUAUUUUCUAUGAAAUUCAAAAGAAUGGUUGCUCAUUUAGAAAUGGUAUUUACGGUAUUAUCUUUAGUGUCUAUUUAUUGAUUGAAAGUGGAAUCCUUCCACCACUGAUGAUGCUCAUUUUUGAAUGUCUUACACUAAAUAAUAUUCGACAAAGCAAACGAAAAACACGAUCAUUAACAGUAGGUGAUGUUGUUCGACCUGGACAAUAUACUAGAAUGUCAAGAAAAGAUUUACAAUUUUCUAAAAUGUUAUUUAAUCAAAUAUGUCUUUGGAUUAUUUUAAAUAUUCCCAAUCCUUGUUAUCUUCUUUAUCAAACAAUAACAAUAAAUGAUACAAAAUCACCUCUUCGUUUAACAGUUGAAUCAUUUAUUAGCAAUAUGAGUUAUCUUUUUAUUUAUCUUGAAUUUUCAUUAACAUUUUUUGUCUAUACUUUAUCGUCAUCAUUAUUCAGACGUGAGUUUAAUCGAUUAAUUCGACAUAAAAUAUUACCUCGUUUUCCAUCAAAUACAACUCUCAGAAAUAACACAUAA